AUGGAAAAUUACUUCAAGCGCGACAUUGAUAGAAUCAAAGAGAAGUUCCAAAAAAGCCGUAUAUUUAAAAUGAAAGGAAAAUAUGCCGACAACCCAUUGUUCAAGGGGAUCCAUUACAACGUAUCUCGGCAAUGUAUGAAGUUGUUGAUUAUAGAAGUCGAGUUGAUUGAUAAGUGGGAAACCAAGGCGGAUGAGGUGUGUGUAUGUAACAUGAAGAAGUCUAUGAGACUACCUUGUCGCCAUAUGAUAAUCAACUAUGAGCAUAGCGUAAUCCCUUUAAGCGACAUUGAUCCAUUUUGGAAGCAUCUAAGUUUCAUCCCUCCUCUAAAGGAAGAAGAAGCCGAAGAAGAGUUUGGUGAUAAUGAAAUGGGUAGAACCGUACUAGAGAUGUAUCGUGGCAUGAACAAGCUCCAAAAAAAAAUCUUUUGGGAUGACAUGAGGAAAAUCAUAUAUCCACAAACGCAAGAGAAUGUUUAUGAACCGGCAAAAGGCAAACUGAAAGGUAGACCAAGCAAAAAAGAAACUAAAAAGCAACUACGAGAACAUGCAAAGGUGUUACGUAAGAAGAAAAGUGAUCAAAACGAAAAUACUAGAGAUCCUUGUAGCCAUGAAUAUACCGCGGCAAUGUACUUGGAGAAAACCAAGAAACGGGGUAGGAGUAUUGAGGAGAAAGGCGAAACAAGUGAGCGACAUUUGAAGAAAAAAGGUCUGAUGUGUCCAUCACAACCAAGACAAACUUCUUUCGUCGACGUGAAGCUUAAGUCUCCAAUGUGCCCCAUCCAACCAUAUUCCCUAUACGUGAAGGUUGAGGCUCCAAAUAAAGACUAUUUGAAUGAGAUACCUAUAUACAUUAGAGACUAUGUUAUUUCCACCGACGACGUUCCUUCGGAUGGUGCGAAGCGAUAUAAUGGGUGUGGAAUCACUCAUAUAAGGCAGAGGUUGUUGUCCAAACUAAAGGAUAAUCCGGCCUUUUACAAGACAAUGUUGUGGGAUCGUGAAGGUAAUAUCAAUGAGGAAUUUGUUAGGUAUCAACGUCGUCUUCAUGGGGGCCAUCUGAUUACAUCGGAUUAUUGGAUGAGCAUGCCUAUAUGUGGACACUUAAUCGCUGAUGCAUUCAAUUGUGUGGUUCAUUAUUUCUCAAAACAUGCAAGUUUCACCUUCACGCCGAAAACAACCUUAUGUGUCGAGAAACUCAAACGAAGGAGAUGUGUGAUGGCAUUGGUUAACAACAACCACUUUAUAGGCUUCCAGUUAAAACCCGAUUGUCCAUUGCCUCCAAUAUGUGCAACCUCUUAUUGGCCUGCAUUUAAUGCGGAUAGAAUGUUGGGUUGGUGUAUUAUGUACGAGCCUAACAUGGAGAUGUGGAAUGCUUUGAAGAAGUCGGAAGAAAUUGUGAAAUUUCACUUGAUGAUGAUUAAAUAA